AUGAUACCGAGAUCACGUUGGCUCAUAAAGGUAUGUACCACCGCUGUGAGAAGAUAUUCGGCACAUACCAGAGAGUCUUCUGUUAUAGCAUUCGAGAAUGGUACCAACACUGGCAACCUCGAUGAACUUCUUCCAAAACUCAAAAACAUGAUCUCUCACUUGCCAAAAAAGUCACUUCCAUAUUACAAACAAUUGGUGGCAUUCGACGAAUGCACGUCUCAAAAUUGUACAUACGACAGUAAGACUGGAGAAGUGAUUGGAGGAGUUGAAGGAUUUUGGCAAAGUAUUCAUAAAAUAAUGCCUUUGUAUGAUAAUCUUAUUCAUACAGGAGAAUUAAGGGAAGAAAGGAUGGACAGCUUGAUAUCUCUUUUAAGAAAUGGAUUAAGAAUAUACAGAUACGAGUUGGCCAAGCAAAAUAAGAAUUUAGACAACGACUUGCAUCACUCACUAAAAAGUACGAAAGUGUACUUGAUAAAAGCGUUGAGAAAAAUAACAGACGAAAUAUUGAGGUUUCCGACCCUUCACGUCAGUCCCGCAGGUAUAUCCAACAUCUUCAAAGCUUACAAGGACUUGGAUUUUGUGGAGGAAGCUGUCCAAUUCUGGGAGCAAGGAAAGUCUAAUAACAGACUGAAACCAAUAUUUGAUUCAGAACCAGUUUUAGGUAGCGUCAUCCAGUUCUUGGUGGAUACGGGUGAUUUUGAUAUGCAAGAGGUCAGAGAUUUGUAUGACCAUAUUAAAGUCAGAAAAGCGAAGUCGAAUAAAGGGGAAAAUGAUAUUCACCCGGACUUAGUAGUUGGAAUGAUUAAAGCUUGCCUUGUGAAAGGUGAAACGAGUGUCGCCGGAGAAUUGUUCCAGCGAAUAACAUCCGAUGUUUGCAAAGAAUGUGAACAUAUGAAUAAAGUACCAACACCAAAAAUGCUGAGUUAUAUGACGAAUGCGCAUCUUUCAUUUAUUGCUUAUUCGCCCGAUAUUGCAACUUCAAGUAUGUUUUUUGAGAGCGCUGCGAAAGGCCAAUUACCUUACCCUACUCCUCUGCAAGUGAAUUACGUUAAGCCAUACAUGGUCAAACUCUGGCAAACAACUAAUGAUUUGAACUUGGUCCAGAAUAUCUGGGAACGAACGUGGGAAUAUAACGAGAUACACCAUCGAUCAAACUCUUCCAUGUCAUCAUCGCUUAAUGAUCUCUUUUUCAAAAUUUUCUUUUCAAAAUACCCACGAUGCACACCUGAUGGUAUCAAACAUCUUAAACAGGUAAUCAAAACUUAUUCAAAGGUCAAGUCUAUGGAUGAGCCAUUUUUCAAUUGUUUACUGACAAACUCCUCAUGUUGGAGUAAUAGCGAGGUCUUCCACACUAUUGUCAAAGCAGCAGACCUAUAUAAUUUCCCAAAAACCAAUGUUUUUUAUCGUUGCUGUUUGAAGGCUUCUGGUUCAUUGACUUUGAAGGCCUCUGAAAUCAUCAUAUUAGUACAAAAGCUCUUUUCAGCAAAUGCAUCCAUGGGCUACAGAAAGAUCGCCAAUGCAGACUGGCUUGCUAUCAGAGAUGCAACAAUCAACUCUAAAAUGGUAUCGGAAGAAAAAGUUGAUUUGUACUUCAAGCUUUGGAAAAAAUGUUCACCAUACUUUGCAAAUUCAUCUAACUACUAUUCCUAUCAGCGAGAGGACACGAAACUCAAUGCUGCUUACUCUCACAUCUUCAACAACAUUCGAAAGAUAGAUGCUGACAAUCUACCAUUGGAUCAACUGCAAUUUUUUGUCAAGGACCACCACAUCGAUUUGAAGGUCAAUUAA